AUGGAAUACUCCCCAGCAACUGAGGACGGAACCACGCCCCGUAUAUCUGUGGCUGAUGGCGGCGUCACCUUGAAUGAAACAGCGCGUCAGCCCGCGCAAACCAGUAUUAACCCAGGUGCCUCGCUGCAAAGUCCUGCAAACACCGAAAGAUCACCUACAGCUCGCCGCUCAAGUUUUGUUGAUACCUUCAGCUUAGCAAGAUCAUGCCUCGAAGCUAAUGGCAUCGUGGACCAAGUUGAGAAGCAAGUCCAAGGUUCAACGAGUAAACCAUGCUUGACAUUAGAACAAACCCUUGCUUCUGCAGGUGACGACUGCUUGAAACCAAUCCUGGAGCUGGGUUACGAGAAAGCUCGAAACCUGUUCAUCACCUUUGCGGAAACCAUUUAUCCGAUUUAUCCAUGUGUUGAUCUGCACUCGACAGAACUGGUUUUGGAUGCAGUCUUCGGGCGAUCAGCGAGCCAUACCUCACAACCGACAUCGAUCAACCUGACGAAAAUAGAUGUUCUUAAAACCCUUCUCGGGCUAACUCUGCUUAUUGAAGAUGAUAGCGUAAGCCCUUUGGCACGGCACCUUCAACGCUACGUCGAUUGGUCAGUGGAAAAGGCUUUGAUGAGCAGAGGCCCAACUAUUGGCGAUGUGGUCAUGGCUACUUUGAUGGCAUGGCGACUCGUCAGUCUAGCAUCGAGAACAUGUUUCGAACUGGGUCUUCAUCGAGCGCCAGAAGAAGCGCCGCAGACCGCCGAAGUUCCUGGUUCUUUCUCCCCGCGACAAUUAUUCUGCUGUGUAUACGUACUAGACAGGACGUUUUCUUUCGCAACUGACCUUCCUCAUACUACCAAGGACGAAGACAUAGACGAGAAAUGCUUUGAUCUUGUGAGUCACAGUCGACCUGGACCCGUAGGUUUACUCCUUCUGACUCACAACAAGGGAACAUCAGCUCCAUUCCUGGUCGUAAACAUGGAAUACACACGCCUCAACUCGAAGAUCCUAGGACUGCUAAAAGCUUCAAGCAAGAGCGCUGUAGAGGGCCGCCAACAAAAAGAGUACGUUGAUUUUAAGAUACAGCGGCUACGCGAUCAAUUCCGUGACCUCACGGCAGCAGCCCGAUCUACAGCUUUACCUAGUCACCCUUGGUAUCCUCUCCAGAACGAAGUCCUUAUGAAUGACCUAGAAACAUUUCUAGAAAUACGCAUCUGUCACUCUCGAAUACUACUACGCAAACCUCUCCUUCACUCCUACAAAGGCGAUCGCGACAAGACAGCAGCUGCAGCAGUCUGUAUCCAGUGCGCCAAAGCGACCAUAUUUCUAUGCUCCGGCGUAAUCAACAAGGCAGUGCCUUUGAAGUUUCUUCGAACCUCGUACGAGUACUUUACCGUGUCGUCACUGGCUAUAAUCCUGCUGGUCGUUUCUCAAGAUCCAGAAACCUACGGGCCAGAGAGUAGAGACGCAUUCCAAGAAGCGAUCAGAGUACUUCAGGUAUCCAAGUGUCGAAACUUUGCAUGUGGGAAUUUGUCCUUUACUUUUGAGCAACUUAUUAGGAUUGGGGAGCGGCUUCACAUGCCUAAAGAUAGCAACACGCCGCUGUUACAAGACUUUGGAGAUAUCGAUAUGGGGCAGCUCUUGGAGGAUCCACAAUGUGGUGAAUUGGGUAAGUUAAUGGCAUCCGAAAGCGUGAUAGAGAUGAAUUAA